CACACUGAAAUCAUGUGUUUUAAAGAAUAUUUGUUUACAUUUCUAAAACAGGGUUUUCAGAGCGUGCACGUCCGAAGCACACACACAGAAAGCGGCUGUCACACGACAUGUGUAUUUGACAUCAAAACAUCAACCGUGGCCAGCCUUGACAAGACUGCAUUUGGGGGCAGCAAUCAAACUGAACUGUUUGUUCCAGUAGCCGAGGUUGUGUGCAGCCCCUGGGGUUGUAAGCUGAUUAGCUGGCUGCUCCAUCCCACGCUGCUCCUGGAGGGAGGAGAUUUGGAGCUAAAAUAACCCCUAAGUCCUCUCAGCAACAUGUUUACAGGUAGAACGAGAGAGGUUGGCUUCAGCUUUUUUUGGGAUGUGACGACCAGCUCUCCGGAUGUUUCUCUGUUGCAGCUGAAGUCUAAGAUCUCAGUCAGGAUACUUAACCUGAUUUCAUGCGUGUGUCUGUAGGAGCGUGCGUACGAGCUCUGGAGCGGGUCUUAUUCUUUGUUUCCAUGCCGACCCUCAGGAUGGUGUGAGUCUGUUGUCUUUUGGUGGGCUGAAGGCAGCGAGGUAUCCCGCAGUCCUGAGCACUGCUAGCAUGCCUGUGCAUCAGAUAUCGGUUGUGCCCAUCGCCAAGGAGACUGCCAGCAGCUCCAGCCGGAAUAGAGACAGGAGUAAAGAGAAUGAGGCUGAGAAGGCACCUGGGCGAUCAGGAAGUCGAUCCAGCAAUAUAUCUAAGGCGAGCAGUUCCACCCCAGGAGCUGUGCUGAACAGCAUCUCUCAAACAUCAGUUACACCCUCCUCCCAGGACAUAUGCAGCUCUAGUGGUCACACUAAACUUGAAGUAGAUGGCUCAGAUCAGACCACACCCAUCAUGCCCCUAAACCCCGCCUCCGACCCCGCCCCCACCGCAAAGCGGCAAGUCAAACGUCGUAUCCGUCGGCGCCGCGAGAGCACCGGUACCGUUGGCUGCACUGCUGAGUGUGUGGAGAAACCGAGACAUUCCCGGUUGCAUAAGCAAACACACACACACUCAGACUCCUCCUCAGAGGACGAGCAGCGCUGGAGGGAAGCUCGUUCCUGGAGCCGCCAGAAAGCACGACGGAGACGCAGCGGCAGCCGACACACGCAAGCGCAUCCCCGUGAGGAACGGGACGCGGCCAAGCACAUGUCUGUCAACUCAGACGAGGGACAGAAAGAGAACCAGCCACCACUGUGCAAGGGCCCCAACACCAGGGCCCACAAAAAGUUGUCAAAAAGAGAGGAGCCAAAAAGUGGGGGCCAAAGCCAGGCAGCCAGUCACAAAAAAGGGAAUGAGCGUGCUAGUAGUAGGAGUGCAAGUGAGGAGGAAGAGCCUUUUACAAAGACCUAUGAAGAGAGAGGUUCAGGAGACCCAAACAUGUCUGUCCCGUCCCCUUGUAAAUGCACUAUUCCCACCAAUCAAAAUGGCGCCACGCAACAAGCAUGCACUGAUGAUGAACUAGAGGUGUGCAGGAUCUGUCACUGUGAAGGGGACGAGGAGUGUCCGCUCAUCACCCCUUGCCGAUGUACGGGAAGUUUGCGUUUUGUGCACCAGGGCUGCCUGCACCAGUGGAUCAAGAGCUCUGAUACACGCUGCUGUGAGCUGUGCAAAUAUGACUUCAUCAUGGAGACACACCUCAAGCCUUUGCGCAAGUGGGAAAAGCUACAGAUGUCUACAAGCGAGCGACGGAAGAUCUUCUGUUCUGUGACUUUUCACCUGGCUGCUGUGGUGUGUGUCAUCUGGUCACUCUACGUCCUGAUUGACCGCACAGCUGAAGAGAUUCGACAAGGCAAGAACAAUGCGUUGGUGCGUUUGUCCCCUCUCAAUGCCGUAGGGGUGCUGGAUUGGCCGUUCUGGACCAAGCUCAUCGUGGUGGCGGUUGGCUUUGCUGGAGGACUCAUCUUCAUGUACAUUCAGUGCAAGGUCUACCUGCAGCUCUGGAGGAGGCUGAAGGCUUUCAACAGGAUCAUCUUUGUACAGAACUGCCCCGACACCGUCCGCAACGGAGAGAACAGGCCGCCCCCGGUCACCCAGAGCAACGGCACGCACGGGGCGGCAGAGGUUCCCGCUCCUCAGACACAAACAAACAUGGGAGGAGUGGAAAUGGCCCCUGUUUGACAAUGGAUGCUUGCUGCUCUGAACCUCAGUAGCUGAAAAGUUUAGGAAAGGGCUCCUGGUGUAUUUGACCAAAGUGAUGUGAUUCACAUAUUACAAAAGCACUUUUUUAUUUUUAUUAGAGGAUGGGUAAACGUACAUAGGAAGUUGCUAUAGGGCUGUCAAAUUGUGCGCAAUUUACUAUAUACAAAACAAGAUGUAAAAACAUUACCAUAUGUAAUCAUACCCCCAAUCCAUACUUAAGUGUUGUAAGGUAUUUCCCUAUUAUCUGAGCCAUUUAAAGGAAUAGUUCACCCAAAAGUGAAAAUUCUGUCAUUAAUUACUCACUUCAUGCCAUCCCGUAAGACUUCAUCUUCUGAACACAAAUUAAGAUAUUUUUGAUGAAAUCUAAGAGGUUUUCUGACCCGGCAUAGACAGCAAUGCAACCGAUGCGUUCAAGGCCCAAAAGGGUAGUAAGGACAUCAUUUAGGUUUAUAUUACAUUUGAACCACUGAUGUUGCUUGGACUAUUUUAACAAUGUCCUUACUACUUUUCUGGGCCUUGAAUGUGUCAGUUGUGUUGCUGUCUAUGAAGGGUCAGAAAGCUUUCAGAUUAAAAAAAAAUCUUAAUUUGUGUUCCAAAAAUGAACGAAGGUCUUACAGGUUUGGAACGACAUGAGGGUGAGAAAUUAAUGGCAGAAUUUAAAUUUUUGGGUGAACUAUUCUUUAAACAACUUAGCUUAAACAACCUUCAUGUUUUUUGCAAAUCUGCAGUCAUAUCGUAUCAUUAAGUCGAUUAAAAAGGCAAGACACUACAGGCAAAAUUGUUUUUAAGCACUAGUCAGUGUUGAGAUUUUGGGCUAUUUGGCUUUUCAUAAUGUUUUAGAGUCAAGAAAACAUCCAAAAUACGCAUAUAAGUGUUGCACAUUUCAAUUUGCAUCUGUAGAUUUAAAUUACAAUAUGUAUCUUUCAAGGCCUUUUCUCAAAAAGAGUGUUUUUUUAUACAUCUAACUUUAUAGCUUUAUUUCUAUCUAUAUUCUACAGGGUUUUAGUGAAGGGUUUGUUCAUGUAUAAUUUACCUGUAUUUAUACAAUAUUUUAUUUCUAAAAACAUGGUGAAAACAUUAUUUUCUGACUAUUGACAGUAUUUUCUGAUUUAUGGAGUGAUAAAAAGAGAUAUUGAAAAGCUCUUCUAAUGACUCUAAUAUGGUUAAGGUCAAAAGUUUACAUCCCUCUUUC